AUGAUCAUAUAUGCAAAGUCAGAUAACCCCAAUAUCAGGGAUUACACAACCAUUCUGGACAGUUCCUUCUUGUCUGGAAGUAAAUCAACUAAAAUAGAAGUCAGGUGCCUGUCUCACCUGUUGUACAGGCCACAUUCCCGGCUGCUCUCCCUGAGAACAGUCACCAUGCCUCAAAGUCAGAAGACUAAGCUCCGUACCCAUAAGAAAGGCUACCAAGCCCAAGGUGUUGGUCGCACAAGAUCACGCAAAGGAGCCAACAGCAAAGCUGAGAAAAAGCAAAGAUCCUCUGAGGCCACAGCCUCUGCUGCAAAGUCUCAAAAAGACCCCCUUAGAAUCAUGACGAGUGUGCUGGUGCAGUUCCUGAUGCAUAUGCACAAAAUGAAAAAGCCUGUUACCAAGGCGGAAAUGCUGAAGCUUAUGAAAAAGAAGUAUAAGGGUCACUUCCCUGAGAUACUGAAAAGGGCCACUUUCACUAUAGAGAUAGUAUUUGGUGUUGAUUUAAAGGAAGUUGAUUCUGCCAAGGAAUCCUAUGUCCUUGUCAGCAAAAUGGACCUCCCUAACAAUGGGACGGUCACUCGUGGUAAGGGGUAUCCCAAAACUGGUCUCCUGAUGAAUCUCCUGGGCCUGAUCUUCUUGAAGGGCAACCGUGCCACUGAGGAGGACAUUUGGGAAUUCCUAAAUAAGAUGAGGGUAUUUGCUGGUCAGAAACACUUCAUAUUUGGGGAGCCAAAGAAGCUCAUCACCCAAGAUCUGGUGAAGCUUAAAUACUUAGAGUGCCGGCAGAUCCCCAACAGUGAUCCUGCACGCUAUGAAUUUCUCUGGGGACCCAGAGCCCUUGCAGAAACCAGUAAAAUGAGAGUCUUAGAGUUUUGGGCCACGGUCAAUCGCAGAGACCCCAGAGCUUUCCGUUCUUUGUAUGAAGAAGCUUUAAGAGAUGAGGAAGAGAGAAUCCAAAAUGCAGUUAUCCUCAGUGAUAGCAGAAAUAUCAGAGCCAGAGAAUGUUUUAGAGUCAGACCUAGUAGAACUUCCCACAUUUAG